AUGGUCUUCUUGCCCUCAAAAGAGGCCGGUGAGCUAGGGCCGGUCCCCGACAGCAUUCCAAUCUGCGAUUUCGUUCUUAACGAGAAAUAUGGACGAGUAGCACACGAUAGCUCUCGGGAUCCAUUCACAUGCGGCCUGACUGGAAAGUCAUAUUCGUCGCGCGAGGUCGUCGACUGCGUGGACCACUUGGCCCGUGGUCUCUCUAAAGAGCUUGGAUGGGCACCGAAUCAAGGGUCGGAAUGGGAUAAGACGCUGGCCGUCUUUACGCUCAACACGAUCGACUCCCUACCACUAUUCUGGGCCGUUCACAGGUUAGGCGGUGUUCUCUCUCCUGCCAAUGCAUCUUAUUCUGCCGCCGAGUUGACACAUCAACUCCUCGAUUCCAAGGCGAAAGCCCUAGUCACCUGUGUUCCUCUCCUGUCCAUCUCGCUUGAGGCUGCAGCCAAAGCUGGUCUUCCAAAGAGCAGGAUCUAUCUAUUUGAUUUGCCCAAGCAACUCUUCGGUACCAACAAGGUUCCGACAGAGUUCAAGUCUGUUACAGAAAUCGCCGAAGCCGGCAAGUCCUUGCCGCCAGUUGAGGAGCUGCGAUGGAGUGCGGGAGAGGGUGCUCGUCGAACGGCAUUUUUGUGCUACUCUAGUGGUACUUCUGGCUUGCCGAAAGGAGUGAUGAUCUCACACCGCAAUGUGAUCGCCAAUGUCUUGCAGAUGACAGCGUUUGAGAAGACCUACCGGGAUAAGAAAGCGCCACCGGGAGGCGUAUAUACUGCGGUGUCCCUUGGUCUUCUUCCCCAGAGCCACAUCUACGCUCUUGUGGUAAUUUGCCAUUCUGGCGCAUACCGAGGAGACCAAACAAUUGUCCUUCCCAAGUUUGAACUGAAGUCAUACCUGUCCUCUAUUGCGCAUUUCAAAAUCUCUUCGCUCUUCUUGGUUCCCCCAAUUAUUAUCCACAUGCUGGGCGCCAAGGAAGAAUGCUCCAAGUACGAUCUGAGCUCCGUGGAGACUCUUUUCACCGGCGCCGCACCAUUGGGACCGGAGACUGCAGCGGAUUUCCUCAAGGUGUGGCCGAAUGUUCUUAUUCGGCAAGGUUAUGGCUUGACGGAGACAUGCACGGUCGUCAGCUCAACUCAUCCUGACGAUAUCUUCCUCGGCUCCUCUGGCACCCUAGUUCCAGGAUUUGAGGCACGAAUUAUGACACCAGAAGGCAAAGAAAUCACAGAGUACAACACACCAGGCGAGCUCGUUGUCAGAAGUCCAAGUGUUGUCCUGGGCUAUUUGAACAAUGACAAGGCCACCAAGGAGACAUUCGAGGAUGGCUGGAUGCGCACCGGAGACGAGGCCGUAAUACGUCUCGGCCCCAAGGGCACAGAGCACGUAUUCAUCGUCGACCGGAUUAAGGAAUUGAUCAAGGUCAAGGGUCUCCAAGUCGCCCCAGCCGAACUUGAAGCCCACCUGCUCGCCCACCCCGAUGUUUCUGACUGCGCUGUUGUCGCCAUCCCGGAUGACCGUGCAGGAGAGGUUCCCAAAGCCGUUGUUGUCAAGGCACCUUCAGCAGGCUCGGACGAAUCCGUCUCUCAAAAGCUUAUCAAGCAUGUCGAAGACCACAAGGCGCGUCACAAGUGGUUGAAGGGAGGCAUCAGAUUCGUGGAUGCUAUUCCCAAGAGCCCUAGUGGUAAGAUUCUUCGCCGAUUGAUCCGUGACCAAGAAAAGGAGGCACGGAGAAAGGCAGGUGUUAAGCUUUAG